AUCUCCACCGUCUCACUUUCGACCACCUUCCGAGCAGACCUUACACCUCGGGGCUGCAGAAGAUCUUUCCUUUGUACCACGGCGUUGUUGAACCUCGCACCGAUACGCCAUGGCAGCCCUUGUGCAGGGCUAUCCUCAUUCGUCGGGAACAGUUACGGGGCUUCAGACACGACCAUCGUCAGCUUCGGGAAUGCUGCAGUCGCUUCCGGCCCAGUCCGGCACUUCAUUCGCUUCUGGGAACUCCCACAGACACAGCCAUCACGGUUUACCUUCGAACACCGCGCCAGCCAUGUAUCAUGGCGGCUCGGGCGCUACACAACAAUAUCACCGCAGAGGCACGUCCAACCAUAACCCGGCGGCGUCUUGGCAACAGUCCAGGACGCAGCGGACGACCUCUUCGCCAGCGGUUCCGACUAUGCAGUCCCUCGAUUACCUACAGCCUGCGGUAGCCCGGCCCUGGUACUCGGCGAGUGCGUCCAUGACCAACCUCCCUAGCACUGCGAACUACGGUUCGCAGAUGGGCGUUGGCACUCGCGACGACUCCGGCUUACCGGUCCCCGGCACCACGAGGCCUUCGACUUCGCCGCGAGUCUCCCAAUCGAGCAAUGGCUCAACGACGCCGCAGUCGUCGCUUGCGCCCGCAGCUCCUCUUCGGACGGCGCCGGAGAGGUAUAGGCGGUCGACAUUACGUGGAGAUUCAACGGGAACGGCGACGGGCGCAGCAACUAGCGCCCAACUACGGGUCCCACACUCGGCCGUUUCAAAUCGGCCAAACAGCUUUGUCGGCUCAGCGUCUGGAUCAGCGAUUGACGACGCAGGGUUUUCUCACAAUCAACCCCACGGUGAAUUCAGGAGGGUCCGCCGGCGCAGUAUGCCCGCGUUGGAUUCUCCCGGCUUUCCCAUUAGCCAAACCCCGCACGAGCUUAAGCAGCUGGCAGAGUCAAACCACCCCAGGAACGCGGAUUCGGACGGCAAGGUAGGCAAGACUGGUAAUUCUCAAAAGACCGGCGACAAAACCAGCAAUGAUGAGCAGGCCGGGAAUGGCCGAAUCGCCGAGGCAAAUGCCUCCCCCUCUUCUUCCGCCAACCGCAACGGUUCCGAUGCCGCUGCCAGCCCCACCAUGUCUCCUUCCCCGGACCCGGCUGGUGCUGGUGCCGCUGGCCAAGAUUCUUCGCGCGUCGUCAGUAUUCCACCGCGAACCUCGUCUACCGAUGCCGCGCACGCCAAACGCGCCCCAACCCCGUCGCCGCUCUCGAAGCCCGUGACAAUGGACACGGCGGGGGAGAGCGACCAGGUCGCGGAUGCUCCUGGCUCGGCGACGCAGGAACCGGCGUCGCCACCUCGUUCUGAGAGUCCGGCUGCCAAGCAGUUGGCGGCGAUCAACGAGAAGAGAGGCAAGUCCAAGAGCAAGACUUCGCGGCUCCGCCGCGCGUUCUCAUUCGGGAGCGCUGCCGAGUUCAGAAAAGCCGCGAAUGACAGCGAAGCUGCGGACAAUGGGGCUGGGAAACUUCACAAGGACCGGACUGCGGACGACGCUCUUGACGAGGAGCAGGCACGGAUCGCCGAGCGGCAAGAGGCUGCCGGGAUCGGCAACAACAUCUACUCGGGAGGGAGAUUCUUCCAUGGAUCCACGGAUAACCUCUCGAUUUCAUCCACGGCGUCCUCGGCCUCGAUUAUGAUUCGGAAGAUGGGCCGUGGCAUGAAGAAGGGAACCCGAUCGCUCGUUGGGCUUUUCAGACCAAAGUCGAUCGUCGGAACUCCGGCGGCAGACGAACCCCCGGUGGCAGCGACACAGUCAUCUGUCUCCAUGAUCACCGCCGAGGCUGAGAGGGAACGGGUCAACGUCAGCGCCGACCCCAAGGCGCAAGGUGGCGGUACUGGGUUCCCGCGGUUGGAACGGAACUCGAUCGACGCGGCUAAAGUGCCGGUGGUCGAGGCGGAACGCGCAGGGAGCUCCGAGACGGAUAGCACGAAAGCGCGCAAGAGCAUUGUGGGGGGCGAGAAGGAGCGGGCCGAAGUCCUGGCAGCCGUUCGCAAGGGGAUCUUGAAGAAUCGCACUGGCUCCUCGAGCCCGUCGCCUCGGCCCUCGGACACCAGGGGUUCUGCAUUUGAUUUGCCCAGCGUCCCAUCGGUCACAGAUUCGCCGAACUCCAGCGCCCCCAGCACCCCUAACGAGGACUCGCAAGGCCACCGGCGGCCGGGAGCCGUGACGAUUGGCAGCGAGGACUACUUCGUCUCGGCGCUCAGGCUUCGUCAGGACAACAACAACAACAACAACAGCAACAACAAGGCGACGCCCGGUACGCCGCAGAGCACGAAGCGCUGCACGACUUUCAGCCCGCGGAUUGUCUUCUUUGAGACGUGGCCGAGCCAGGAGUAUGACCGUCGCGGUGAUAUUGCUACUUGCAAUCGCCUGACGCCGAUGCUGGCUCAGCAGAUCAAAGAAGAGCUGAACUCGUUCAAGAUGGAAAUGGAGGUUCAUGAGAACUCGAAAAUCUACACGCACUUCUUCUGAUGCAGGUACAUGGUGUGUGCCGCCGCAGCCUUCUCCCUCUCGGCUCAGUUACGAUAUUUUGCCCUUCGGUACAUGGGGGCGGUGAUAUUCUGCCGCGUGUUUGAGCGGGUUUUACAUUUACCGCGGCGUUUCUUCUGUUUCGGGGACAGCAUUGUUCGGUGUCAGGGCGUUUUUUUCUCUUCCUCGUUUUUUUUUUUUUUCUGAAGCAUUUCGAUCUCGACAGUCCUAUGCGGCUAGAAUCUUGCACAGCGCAGCACAGCGAUUCUUUAAUUGCACACAGUACU